AUGACAUCACCUAACGACGUAGCCAUGGGCGAUGGAUCGCCCGUCGAUAUACAUGAGCCUUUCACGAUUGAAGAAAACAUCAGCCAACUAAAUGCCAUCGACAAGUCAGCUGUGCAGCUCAUGAGCCAUGCCGCCACAGCCCUCAACUCGCUCACCACCCCAUCGUCAACCAGUUCACCCGCCGAGCAAGGGGGCUCCGAAAUUAACGCGCACGCCGCAAAGGAGGCCUUUACCCAGUCCACCGACGCGUUUCUCACCGCGCUGCACGACAUUGACGUGCGCAUGAAGCGCCAGAUCAUGGCGCUCGAGGAAGCCAGCAUCGUCGACCUCAACAGCGCGUCGCGCGGCGACCCCAACGCUUCGGCUAAGGCGUCGCUCCGGCCUAACGGGCUGGGCGCUAUCGGCAAUUUGGACGUCGGCUGGCUUAACAGUCGCAGCACAAAGGUCGAGCGGGACAUGGAGGCGGAGCUCUGGGACAAGGCGAGGAAACUCAUUGAGUCUCUGGCAAAGGACAAAUAA